AUGGUGAUUAAGCAUCUGCCAAACAAAAAUCUCUUUCAAGCAUGUAGAUUCAAGUACAGAGGGAUUGCAACUUCCUCAAACACUCCCGUCUUACGAUUUGCUCCUUCUCCAACCGGUCAACUCCACCUUGGUGGUUUACGAACAGCAUUAUUCAAUCAUCUAUUUGCAAGAAGCCUUGGUGGAAAAUGGAUCUUGCGAAUAGAAGAUACAGAUCAAAAGAGGUUGGUACCUGGUGCCGUGGAGGCUAUGCAAGAUAUACUCAAAUGGGCUGGAUUAGACUAUGACGAAGGUCCUGACAAGCCUGGCAAUCGAGGACCAUAUGUCCAAUCGGAACGCUUACACCUUUACAAAGGCUAUUACGAGAGGCUUUUACGCUCUGGGCAUGCCUACAGAGACUUCAGAGAGCCAUCUAAAGAUGGUUCAUCCGAUAUCGCAAGGGAUACAUACCUUCCGCCCGGAGAAGACGAAGCACAGGAGAUGAUCCACAAAGGGAAAUCUUUCGUCGUACGAUUCAAAACAAAGGAAGAGGAUACAUCUUUUGAUGAUGCAGUAUAUGGACAUUUGAAGUUCCCCUAUGAUCGUCGUUUGGAGGAUCCCAUCAUCGUCAAAAGUGACGGAUGGCCGACUUAUCAUCUCGCCAAUGUUGUAGAUGAUACAGAAAUGGGAAUCACACACGUAUUCCGAGGUGAGGAAUGGCUACCGUCUAUGCCGACACACUUGAAAUUGUACGAAGCUCUUGCAACUGCGCCGCCACAAUUCGUUCAUUUACCUCUGUUGAUAAACCCUGACGGCAGUAAGUUGUCCAAGAGAGACGCAGUCGUUCAUGUUGAAUCAUAUCGAGAAGCAGGCUAUGAUCCGGAAGCACUGAUCAACUUCGUGGCAUUGAUGGGUUUCAAUUGGCAUCUUCCCGACUCACGAAGUGAAGUGUUCAGUAUGGAAGAAAUGAUUGCGCAGUUCAAAUUGGAUCGUAUCUCACAAUCUAGAGCCAGUCCAGAUGUAUCCAAAUUACGCUUCUUAAACAAGAGUCACUUUUCGGCCAAAGUUGAAGCAGCAAGUGAAACUGAUAGGAUACGA